GAUUUGGCUCUCUACCAAUUCGUCUCAAGUUUCAAGUUAACAAUGGCGCGGGUGAUAACAAUAAUCGCAAUAGUAUGUUCGGUUUUCAUCAUUCUAUGCAGCUCAGCAAAAACCAAACAAGGUAUCCACUUUCAGAGGGUGGAAAAUUUUGAAGAAUAUAAGGCUAAGCAUAAUUUAACUUUGCUCCGAGAAAUACGUCCACCAAGGAAGCAUCAUGGAAGUAAUCGAAUCAUGGUGUCGGAAGACUUUCAAUACACAUACGAAGACGGAUUCCGUCUCGCAGGAGAUCGGUUGUUGGCAAGGGGUCUUGAUGGUAACCAGUAUCAAUCUCCGCGAGAUGUAACGUUUAUUAUACAAUUUCCGGAUCCCCCGAGUGAUCCAAACUUUGGUUCCAUCAUUGAUUAUUAUCAAAUCGUCCUGACACAAAGCAACAACCAAUUCGAGUUGUAUCUCGAAUAUGGUGGUGCUGGUUAUAGGAGGAUAAAGGUCGUCAUUAAUAUGUAUCAAGUGACCUAUUUUUCAGUUUUGGCUUUCAUAUAUGGUUAUAACUAAAAUGAAGGAUUAUUCAAACACUUUGGACAUGAAUGCAUUACCCAUUUAUAAUUGACAAAAAAUAUAGACUUCAAUAAAUUGGUUUGGAAUAGUUU